UAUCAUGUAUUUGAUUUAAUGCAGGUCAGAAACCAAAAUGGUAGUCGAACACCGUUCUCAACCCAAAAUUUAAAAAAAAAGUUAUUUCUAGUAAAGGGAGCAGUAGCAGAGAAUGGAGAGCUCCGGGGAAUUGGUGCCUUUUCCGUUGGUGAUGACCUCGAAUUACCGGGCAGGUACCAUCCCGUACAGGUUCCCUUCCGACAAUUCCACUAAACCCACGCCCACUGAGCUUUCCUGGAUCCAAGUCUUCAUGAAUUCCAUCCCUUCUUUUAGGAAGAGGGCCGAAAGCGGUGAUACUGUUCCUGAUGCUCCUUCCCGAGCCGAAAAGUUUUCUCACAGGUACGCUGAGAUACUAGAAGAUUUAAAGAAAGAUCCUGAAAGUCACGGAGGGCCGCCUGAUGGCAUUCUUCUUUGUCGCCUUAGGGAGCAAGUGCUUAGGGAACUGGGAUUCAGAGAUAUAUUUAAAAAGGUUAAGGAUGAAGAAAAUGCAAAGGCUAUAUCCUUAUUUGAGGAUGUAGUACAUCUAAAUGAUGCUAUCGAGGAUGAAGCUAAGCGUGUGGAGAAUUUGGUUAAAGGGAUUUUUGCAGGAAACUUAUUUGAUCUUGGCUCUGCACAGCUCGCGGAGCUGUUUUCAAGGGAUGGUAUUUCUUUUCUAGCUAGUUGCGAAAACCUUGUCCCUCGACCUUGGGUCAUUGAUGACUUGGAUACUUUCAUAACAAAAUGGAGCAGAAAAUCAUGGAAAAAGGCUGUAAUCUUUGUGGAUAAUUCUGGUGCAGAUAUUAUUCUGGGUAUUCUGCCAUUUACAAGAGAAUUACUUCGUCAUGGGACACAGAUUAUUUUGGCAGCUAAUGACUUACCUUCUAUCAACGAUGUUACUUACCGUGAGUUGGUAGAGAUAAUAUCUAAGUUGAAAGAUGAGCACGGGAAGCUCGUAGGUGUGGACACGUCCAAUCUUUUAGUUGCAAAUUCUGGUAAUGAUUUACCGGUUAUUGAUCUUAUGGGAGUAUCACCAGAGCUUGCCUACUUGGCAAGCGAUGCUGACCUUGUCAUUCUGGAAGGCAUGGGUCGUGGUAUAGAGACAAACCUAUAUGCUCAAUUCAAAUGUGAUUCCCUCAAGAUUGGAAUGGGUAUGCCAGCUGCAACUUGAUCUGCUCUGACCUAGUAUUUGUUCCAGCGCGUAGUGAUAAGUGGUAAAGCUACAAGAUAUGUUGUUGGCAGUUGGAUAAGCAUUCAGGAUGGCUGUUUGGUUUAAAUUGCUAAAACUGUAAAUUACUGUCAAUCUGAGGCAAUAACAGCAGGAGAGAUAUCUAAAAGGAAAAUAGCUUGGUAGUCGAUUGGUUCGGUGAAGCCAUUCUGAAUUCUAAUGGUUAGCUGUUCUAUUCCGGAGUCAUGUUUAUUUUAUAUAUGUACCAUAAUGGCUCUUUUUUAGUACAUGUUGCAUACAAGUGCAUUGACUGACAAGACAAAUGUGAAACACCCUCAUCUCUCCUCGCGAGUUUGUAACUUUCACUGCACAAGGAGUUAAGGCUGUCGUUGCGCUGGAAAUUCUUAAUCCAUGGCACCUUCAAUACGCUUUUGACGAGACAAAGUUGUUGGGGGUUCCCGUAUCGAUGCGGUUCACCCCAGCGCUAAACCGCAGUAAAGGAUGACACUUGAGAACGCCAAAUGACUGCCUCCACUUACUGGCAGAUAAUAAGCUUUCUUCCUUACUGUUUGACAUAAAUAGGUGAAAUGAGGAAAAAGUUAGUGGGGUUACCUUAAAAUUAUCGUGGUAAAAAGGUAAAAGCAACUCCAAGGACACAGCUUUGGAUUUUCAUAUGCAUUAUAGAUUGAAUGUGUACAACCUGUAGUAGUGCUGGCCGUUGGUCACAAAUGGGAAGU